UAAUUGUGCCCUAAAAAACAAGAUGCUCAUUGUAAAGCCACAACAGCACUAGGAUAAGAAUUCCAGUUAAACACCAACCUACACUUCAAUUAAUAAUCAACUUCUGAUAAAUUAUUUACUACUUAUUGUAAUUUUAAUCCACAAUGUUUUCCUCAAAUCACAUUCCAUGUUCCACCAAUGUCUCCACUCCAGAUUCUUUCUUUAACCAUGAAGAAAGUAACCUUCACUUCAACAACCCAUUUAUCUCCAGCAACUUUGCUACCCAGCAACAGUUUUCUAAUGGAUCAGGUUUACAACAUUAUGACCAGCAUCAAGAUCAAGAUCAUGAUGAUCUUUUAGAGUCAAUAAUAUCACCCAACAAGAAAAAGAUUACAACCUCGAUGAAAGAUGGGCACAGUAAGAUCUACACAGCUCAAGGGCCAAGAGAUAGAAGAGUGAGGUUGUCCAUUGAGAUAUCCAGAAAGUUCUUUUGUCUUCAAGAUUUGCUAGGGUAUGACAAAGCAAGCAAAACCCUUGACUGGCUCUUUGAAAAGUCUUUAACUGCUAUUAAAGAUUUGGUUAAAGAAACCAACCAGUGUUCAUCAUCUACCGUGAUCACUGAUCAAUCUAGAGUGAAGUUUUUGGAGACCAUGAUGGGAGAUUCAGUGGAGGAAAGUGGUCCAAGAAAGAAGAAGAUGACACAGAGAUGCAAAGGGGGGAUUCAAGAUGGUUGUUCAAGGUAUCAGUUAAGGGUUGAUGCAAGAUCUAGAGCUAGAGAAAGAACAAAAGAGAAGUUACUUGUGAAGAAGUUUGUUGAUCAAGAAAGUUGGAAGAUGUCUAAAGAUUCAAGCUUUUUGAUUGGAGGGUUCAUGGGAGAUCCGGUGGUUAAUGAUUUGGAUCUGGAAUAGAUUUGUGUAAGAAUUGAUGAGAAGAAAAUCAUUAGGGGGUCUUGACAGGCAGCAGCCUAAUGAUGAAUGAGGAUCAUCAGGUGUAAUUAAGUUAUGGUGGAGUUGCAGCUAUAUAAUUGUAAUAAUGUAAGUUCAUAGUGUUGUUGAUUAUUUAUUUAAUCAUUUUAAUUAUGA